GAGUAUUGAGAUGAGAUCGUGGCGCGAAACAACCACAUUUGAAAUUAGAGCUUUAUAUAUUUCUUUUUUUAAGACUUAUAAAAUCGACCAAAGAGGGUCGUGUAUUUUAAUAAUUUAUUAUUGAUUUUUUUGUGCUGUGAUAGUGAAUUAAAAAUGAGUUUAGUAAAAUUAUCCUUGUUUUUAUUGUUUUGUGUGUGUUGUGAGGCACAGCUGAGGAAGGAGGCGUUUAUGACAGUACCUAAUCUAAUAAGAGCGGCGGGCUACCCCAUAGAGAAGCAUCGAGUGACAACCCAAGAUGGCUACGUCCUUCAGAUGCACCGGAUCCCGGCCGGUAGGCGCUCAGCCAGGAGGACUGGAGACCCUGGCGCCAAGGGAAAGAAGGCUAUUCUGAUCGUCCACGGCCUUAUCGGCAGCAGCGGAGACUUCGUCAUCAUGGGACCAGAGAGAAGUCUUGCGUAUCUUCUAGCAGACUAUGGAUACGAUGUGUGGCUGGGAAACCUGAGGGGCACCGUGUACAGUACUCACAGAAACCUAACGAGGAGUGAUCCCAAGUUCUGGGAGUUUAGUUUUCACGAGCAUGGUAAACACGACUUGCCGACCAUGGUCGACGGGGUGCUGAACGUGACGGGCCUGCCCAAAGUCAUGUUCGUAGGCUACUCCAUGGGGACCACCAGCUUCUUCACGAUGAUGGCCCUCAAGCCAGAGUACAACGACAAAGUCAUCUCGUUCGUGGCUCUAGCGCCAGCUGUGUUUAUGGACAACAUCAGACCGUUGGCGACUUUAUUCAUGAAUUUAGAUUUUGCUAAUAUAAUGCGAUCACAAGGAACGCUGUCACUGGACCCACAGGUUCUGCAGCGACUGAUAGCAGCUCUGUGCAACCCGAGGCAACCGGAAUACGACCUCUGCACAAACGUUUUGUUCACGUUAGUCGGAGAAGACUAUGAACAAAAUGACGUGGAAAUGAUGCCGAUAUACAUGCAUAGGAUACAACCGGCUGCGUGGAGACAGCUAGAACAUUUCGCCAAAAUUGCAAUAACAGGUGUAUUCCAGACUUGGAGUGGCGGUCUAGCAAUUCCAGGGAAACCUUACAAUCUGACAAACGUCAAGGUUCCAGUCUCUCUGCUGUAUGGGGAAAAUGAUCAACUUACAGACAAGAUUCAAAUUAUGCGGCUGGCUGACCAGUUAAAAUCAACUGGGACCUUAGAAGACGUCAGACCAGGCUGCUCCUGGCCCAAGUUCAACCACCUGGACUUCGUAUUCGCCAAGGAUGUCGGCACACUAUUCAACAAACCGCUGAUCAAACAUAUCGACACACUAUACAAUAAAUAUGGACCUGAAUAAACAAAA